AUGGGUGGAGGUGGAAAGGUUCCGUACCCCAAGCACGUCUGGUCCCCGGCCGGUGGCUGGUACUCGCAGCCGAAGAAUUGGAAGGGGAACACAGCGGUCAUGGGCGGUGUUGUCGUUGGCAUAACCGGCAUGUUCUGGUACAUCAGUGCGCAGAGGGAGCAGCGGACCAAGUUCCCUGAGCCUGGCAGGUUCUACCCUAGCAGAAACUGGAGCAAGCAGAUCAUUGAGCACGAGCGCAACCAGGCGCAGGAAUCAUAG